UCCGAAUUAACGACAACGCCACGCCCAACCCACCAAACGAAAGACACAUAUUCGUCAAGAUGGUGAACAUUCCCAAGACCAGGAGGACCUACUGCAAGGGCAAGCAAUGCCAGAAGCACACUCAGCACAAGGUCACCCAGUACAAGGCUGGUAAGGCUUCGCUGUUCGCCCAGGGAAAGAGGCGUUACGACCGCAAGCAGUCCGGUUACGGAGGUCAGACCAAGCCCGUUUUCCACAAGCGUGCUAAGACAACGAAGAAGGUUGUGCUCCGACUUGAGUGCACUGCCUGCAAGACCAAGGCACAGCUCGCUCUCAAGCGAUGCAAGCACUUCGAGCUUGGUGGUGACAAGAAGACCAAGGGUGCCGCUCUCGUCUUCUAAGCGCAUUGUCAUUUUGUGCAGCAGGCAGGCGUGGUUUCUCAAUUCGAACUUUCUCUCUCCUUGUGUGGGCAC